AUGGAAGAAACAGCUAGUGAAGUUGAUGAGAGGAAAGGAAGUGAGAGCGAGACCAUCACAUCAAACCCCUCCGCCGAGUCCCAGACGAAGGUUUCCCCUCAAAUCGCAGAUGUCAUCCUGCUUAUCAGAGUGUUGGCACUGGGGCUGAGGAGUCAGCCGGCUCUUUCAUACAUAACAACCCUUCAGAAUCAGACAGAGGGAUCUGUUGGCCUGGAGCGAUGGGAUGUGACAGGCUCCUUACUUCAACUAAAAGAUCUCUUUGUCCUCUCCCAGCUUCUGAAGGACUUCCCAGAUGAACUGCGGGCUGACAUUGCCAUGCACCUGAAUAAAGAGCUGCUCCAGCUGCCUCUGUUUGAAUCGGCCAGUCGAGGGUGUUUGCGCUCGCUGUCGCUCAUCAUCAAAACCUCUUUCUGUGCUCCAGGAGAGUUCCUCAUUCGCCAGGGUGACGCUUUGCAGGCCAUCUACUUUGUCUGCUCAGGCUCAAUGGAAGUGCUCAAGGACAACACUGUGCUAGCUAUACUGGGAAAGGGGGACCUGAUCGGAUCGGACUCGCUGACGAAAGAGCAGGUGAUAAAGACCAACGCAAACGUGAAAGCACUGACGUAUUGUGACCUGCAGUACAUCAGCCUAAAGGGACUGCGAGAAGUUCUGCGCCUCUAUCCUGAAUAUGCCCAGAAGUUUGUCAGCGAAAUUCAGCACGAUCUCACCUAUAACCUGCGGGAGGGCAGUGGAGCUGACCUGGACUGGGAAAGCAACGGUGGUCUGGUGAAGAAACUUCCUGCUAUCCGUGAAGAUGAGGAGCAUGAUGAGGAGCAGCACUCAGUAUCAAGGGCCUCACGUUCUCCCCUUCGCCUGACCCGGGCCCUAAGCUCCCCCCUGAGAUCGCCUCUUCUCCCCCCUCGCCCCUUCCGCCCUCCGUCAGACCACACGCGACCCGCCACCCUCCAGAUCCCUGUGGUCAGUUUCAGCAGUGCUCCUCCAGAACUCAGCCCCAGGUUUGUGGAUGGCAUAGAGACAGAAAACAAUUCAAGCUCAACACAAAGGUUUGAGUUCGGUCCCACCCUACCUCAGAGCGGUCCUCCAUCCCCUUCUCCAGUGAACCAGGAGCAGCUGGAGACCAAGCAGAGCAUCACCAAACUGAGUGAGGAGAUGACUAGUCUAUCCCAGCAAGUCUCUCAGCUGAGCAAAGAGCUACAGGAAAUGACACGUCUCCUCAGGCCCUUGCUUGUCAUUGGAUCUCAACCUCUCCUGACAGCCGUCAGUCCAACAAUGCCUCCAUCUCCCAGCAGUCACAGCGGUCCAACAAUAUCCACACCACCAGCUCCUUCGCCCACAACCCCAUCGUCUGCACCGCUCAGACCAACUUGUUCCCUAUUGGACAGCGCAGACACUGGGAACAUUGGCUUGCUCAGCUGUCUCAUACCCUCCAGCCCCCCGCAGAGAACUCAAGCACAGGCUCAGGCAGGCUGUUCAAGCGGAUCUUCCUUGCCAGUCCUUCUUUCUCCAGUUAAAGCCCAAACGGAGGGAGAAGGCAUCCAGGCAGCUUCAGCCCUGCCACUGCAAACCAGCCAUCCUGCAUCCCCAUCUCUAACCUUUUCAUUCUCGCUCCCUACAUUCCGCUCCCAGUCUACUUCCUGCUCUCCCUGCCAGGGUCCUCACCGACCUGCCAGUCACAGCAGAGGUUUGCUACCUCAACCCCCCUCACAGGACACCCCACCUCCACCCCCCUCUCAUUGCUCUGCACCACCCUCGAUUCAUAACUCCCCUGGUGACGACAGGCAGGGGAUCAGUCCAUUUCCCUCAUCCCCUUCCUCCACUGCGCUUGCCCCUAGGGUCCAGCCACGGUCGUCCACCACUCCUCCUUGUCCGCACACCUCCCUACCCUUGCCCUGCUCCCUUGACGCCCUUCCUGAAACCCAGGCCUCUUUUGGCACCUCACGGUCCCCGCAGAACCUCAGGCCGGGACCUCCUCAGUUAGAGUUUGAGAUGCAAGAAUGGGCUGCAGGAGGGAGGCCUUCCACAGAGCAUAUCAGCUUCAUAGAUGAAGAGGGACCAGCACUGUGAGAGACUGAAAGAUAAAGACUAUGACUAGUUGACUUAACAAAUAAGGGAUCGGUGAACUGGGCCAACUACAAUUACCCCAACACACCUACAUUCUGAAUGACAGACAAAACUGAUUGCUGUUCCUUCAGGACGACACUCUUGUAAUUGGACAGAUUGUGGCUCUGUUCCAAAUACCAGUGAGCUAUCUACUUAUAAAUAGCAUUUUUAGGCAUCGUAGGCUUAGGCAUUUAGGUUUAAAAAUUCAGUUUAAGAUUAAAUUACACAACAAGGAUGUGAAUGCAGUUUACAAGUCGGAAUCUUGUAUUUGUUGUAAUAUAAAAAUGGCAGGAAUGCAAAUUUGUUCACAGCAGACUCCAGUUCAUUUAAGCAUGCUGCUAACGCUAACAGAACUAGUCAACAAAGAAAAGUAUUGAUGGGAACAGUUCCACCUAAGUUUAAGUUAAAAUGUUUAGUCUAAUAUUGUGUCUCAGACUCUACUGGAAUCAACUGUGAACGGGUAUCUUAUAUUGUUGGUCAGGCUAAUGUGUUUUGAUUGUUUUUUAGUAUGAAUAUGGGAACUUAUCAGCUGGUCAGGCUGAAAGAAGCUGUUUUUCAGCAAGGAAAACUGCUACUCAUGAAAGCGUUUUCAAUUUGGUCAUCUAUGGAGUUGUAGCUGCCAAUGUAGACAGCUUACAAUAAGGCAGCUUACUAUGAUUUGGAACAGAGUCACAGUGGUAUACACCACUUGGGAGCCCCUCAGUACCUGACACCAGCCAGUUACUCUCCUCUGAGCACAACUUCAUGGAGUUCCUCUUCUAAAGGCAUUACAGUCAACAUAAAGCAUGGUGACCAAAACCGCGAAAAUCACACUGUGGUCAUACCUUGCUAUGGGAAUUUAAUAUAACAAGUAAAAGUGCAAUGAUUACCUUGCAUGGCUGUGCACUAAUCAUGCACAGAAUAUAGGACAUGUCAGGUGGUGUUUCUUAUCUCUUUAUUACCAAAACAAUGUUUUUACUUUACAAAUUACCCACCUUAUGAAUCAAGUUCAUAUUUGAAUUUCCAGAAUUGGUAAAUGACUGAGCUGUCACAACACAUUAUCCAUAAUACUUAAUUUUUUCAUCCGGUCUGCCCCAAGCCACUUAACACAUUCACUAGCCAGAAUCGUGAUGAGUUGCAUAUUUAGUCAGACUGGAGACCCUGGGAAAUGCCUGUCCUCCACUUCUAAAAAAUUAUCCAUUUCAGUUAGUUUAUAGAUGUAUUCAUUACAUUCAGUCCGAACAAAUAUGAUUAAGAGCUGAAAGUGUAACACUUUGUCACAUGCACAUAUACAACCAGGGUCCAAAAUUAACUUUUGCAACACCUGCAUAUAGUGGAUGAAUUGAGAUAAUUC